GCAUACGGUCCGUACCAGGUGAACGACUCGCUAGCAUCCAUCAACGCUGUCGUAGAUGCCUCGGAGCUGCAGGUGCAACAGCAGUGGGAUGAGAUCUGCGAGCGUAUCCGCAAGAGCAUCCUGGAGAAGAUGUCCAAGCUUCCUGUGCUUACACAGCAGCCGGAGUUCGGCUUGGAUGAGUUCAGAUACCUGAAUUACGUGCAUAGCCUGCUCUGCCUCUACCCUGUUGCGGAUGUGUGGCGGGACUAUAAGGCAACUCGAAGCAAGUUCAUCGACAGGUGCAUCAGGGAGUUGAUGCCUUCACUCACAGAGGGCGUUGACAUUAAUGCCGUUGCGAGUAACUUCAACCAGCUGUGUGACAUCCUCCUCUCCGUGGUUAACGAGGAUUUCCUCGUGUUUAGCACAGGUGUAUUCAAAGAUGUACUCACCACAUUCGAUGCUGUCAGUGACACGUACCUAGAAAAAGUGUCGGAUGAGCUUAUUGGAAUCAUUGAAUAUAUCCAUGACGCUACCAUACAAAUGGACUCGACAAAGCUGGACAUUCACAAGUCGAAGAGCGACCAGGGUAUCUUGUCGACGCUGCGUGGUUGCCGUGCCAACAGCAACUCGGUGAAGAGCCUGGAUGCGUUGCUGUCGCGCUCACAGGAGCAGCUCAUCGACAGUCCCUUCUCCAUUAGCUUCCUUCACACCCUGGUGAAACUAGUUGCUGCCUGUAGCAGAGUGGAGCAGCAUCUGAGGGGGCUGCACAACAUGGGAACAUGGACGCCCGGUCUGCAGAGCAUCCGCAAUCUGAAAAGUGUUCUUAAGGUGGCUAGUGAUGUACCGCUGCAGACGCAGAGCUCGAUAGAUGCAUUCAUGGGUCACCAGGUCACGACCUUCGACUCAUCCGCCCCAAGUGGCUCGACUGAGAACGCCAUACGGAGCAUCCAUGGCCCAUUAUUCACGUGGGAGUGGAGACUCAUCUUCAAGAAACUGGUGUGUGCCAGACGCGUACACAUCUGA